AUGAAGAGCCUCAAACCCUCCGUGCUUCUCCCAGCCUUAUUGGCCCUAGCGCCUGGUGCCCUGUCUCAAUGCUUUCCCAAUCCCUUGACCUAUUCCUCCACCCAAACACUCACGAGUACUGUCCAAUUCACUUCUUGUGGAGCGGCUGAUGGGCCCAAGGUCUUCCCAAUUGACCUUACCUCUUAUGAUUGGUGGUACUUUGAUACUGUGUCUGAUGAUGGAACUCAAGCCCUCACGAUCAUAUUCUUUACGGCUUCGGUCCUCGGCUUCCCCAACACAGAGGCUAUCGAAGACAUACUCAAUGUUGCAAUUCAGGCAACGUUUCCAAAUGGCACACAAGUGGGCUCAACGGCCUUCGCAACUUCAGUGACGGUUGAAACCAUCGGGAAUGGAGCAGUGGGCAACUGGUCUGGCAGUGGAUGCAGCUUCACAGGCACACCAGACCUGAGCCAGUACGCGAUCACGAUUGAUAAUCCUUCUCUGGGCAUUUCCGGAACGGUUGAUUUUAUCUCUCGCGGUCCUGGACACUAUCCAUGCAGCCCUCUCGUUGAGGGUGCGAACGAGCUGAUCAUGCCUAACGUUGGCUGGGUCAAUGUCCUCCCUGCGGCGGAUGCUAGCGUUCAUAUGAAUUUUGGAGGUACACCAAUGAUCUUCAACGGCAACGGAUAUCACGACAAGAACUGGGGCGCCAUCCCCUUCACGAGUGCCGUCAAUAGCUGGUACUGGGGCCACGGCACCUUCGGAGACUAUCACAUGGUCUGGUACGACGCGCUCGAUACUUCCAACUCCGAAACUGUCAGUGGGUACGUCCUAAAAAACGGCCAGGUCGUUGGCUCAACCUGCGCGCUCGGUACGGCUGGCCUCCAGGUUCGACCAGUGGGGACCCCGUAUCCGCCAACGAUUCUCUCGCCCGAUCCGAACCAGUUCACUAUCGUCAUGAAACUCCAUAAUGGUGAGACCCUCACCGCCACCGUUACCGGCAACCAGAAGCAAGUCGACUCCCCAUCUUACUCGCGCUGGUUUGGCGAGAUUUCAGCAAACAUUAACGGUGUCCAAUCCUCUGGGUCGGCCUUGUGGGAGCAGUUCAAACUCGUUCUAUAA